AGACUGAUACGGUGGCCAGGGUGGGGAAAACAAGUCUUUUUCUCAUCCCGAGAAAUUCGAGGCUGGCGUGUCUUAAGGGUACUGUACAUAAAGGCACGGUUCUGCACUUUGAAUCUUUCUGGUUAUUUUUUUUUUCCAGUCAGCAAAAUCAAACAGGCCACCGAAAAACAGAAUGGGAGAGGAAAACAACACAGAAGCUAAUUCGAAAAGCACGGUUACGUAUUACACCCUCGAAGAAAUUCAGAAACACAAUAUGAGCAGGGAUACCUGGCUUGUCAUCCACGAUAAAGUCUAUGACAUCACCCGUUUUCUGGAGGAGCACCCUGGAGGGGAGGAGGUGCUGUUGGAGCAGGCUGGGGGAGAUGCCACUGAGAGCUUCGAGGAUGUGGGCCACUCCACAGAUGCCAGGGAGAUGCUCAAGCAGUAUUUUAUAGGAGAGCUUGACAUGAAUGACCGCAAGAAUGAAAACUCUAAGGAUGUUCUUAUUACAACAUCUACAAGUCAGACUAGUACAUGGACUACCUGGUUGAUCCCAGCCAUUGCUGCUGCUGUUGUUGGUCUGAUGUAUCGUUACUACCUGCUGGAAAACAAGACAUCCUGAACCCUUCCACAUCGUCCACAUUCGUCUGACCUUGAAGCCUCGACAUGCCUGACUGAACUCCUUAUGAAUCACUGAAUAAGCCAGACACGGGUCCCAGCUCUCAUACUGCAGCACUUACAGUCUGUGGGCUUCUCUACAGAACCAUUCCUCCCAGUCUCCAUUACCUGCCUCUGUGUUCGGGUAGAGGGCAGAGAGUGGAGUUCAUAUUGCCCUGCUUAGGUUUCAGUGUACUUGCCUUUAGAGCUCAUUGUUUUCCCUUUUCCCCAUAGUGGUACAGUCACUGUCUGUGGAGUUGCUCUGGGCUUUUUCUGUACCAUUUCAAACAUUGGUAUUUUAGGGCAAUGUGCUCUCCAUUCUUUCAGUUUUCUUGUACUGUGUUUUUAAAGUGUUUGAAAACUUUCCGGAACAGAUUUACUAAGCUUUUGCUAGAAAACGGUUCAUAUGUCUAGACAUGUAGAUCCUGUAUGUUUCUUCAUUUUCUUGCCCUGUGUUUGUACUGUACAAUAGAAAAUAAUAUCAUCAUGUCUGCAAGAGCUCGGUAAACCCUGAUUCCUAGUCUUAUAAAUUUGAGGCACUUAAUCUCAAUUAAGACUCUUUUCCAAAUUAUGGUUUUGUAGAAGCAAACAGUAUACGGAAGAUGCUUAGCUGUUUUGUUUUUGAGUAAUGGCUGUUAGCUUAUCUACCCCAAGAAUGUUGGUUUGAGAUAAAAACCAGCAGUUAUGUAAUGUUAGUAAACGAUGCCUUGGGUAGAAGAAACAUAAUGUAGUGAUUGUAUAAGAUUAUCAUAGUAGCUCCAUUGAUAAAGUGAUACAUUUUUAUAUAUUGGAUCUCUGCAAAAAAACACUUUUUUUUUGUUUUUCAUGGAAUUUUCCUAAUGAAUUAACAACAACCAAAACACUUAAAUUGAAAUCUGGUUAAAAAGAUGAAGAUGUUAGAGAUUAAAUUUAUUCAGACCAAGAUUAAUUACUGCCCUCAUGCUAAAAGAAAUAUGAAGAUCCAGUACAAGGGUUUUUGUGUGGUUUAAAGGAGAAUGCAUCUUGUACUGAACUUAUUGUUUGUAAUUGGUAAUUGAAGUUUCGAGUCGGGGCAUGAAAAUUCUGUAAUGCAGCAUGACCCAAAAUUUUUUUUUCUUUAAUGUAGUAUGAGGUCAGUUUUUAUUUUUUAUAUUAACACAGAAUAAAUAAAAAUGAAGCUUGUAAUAUGUCUUUACAGUAGUUCAUAGUUGUUAUGAAAUUCAAUUUCCCAAGAUGUUAGUGAUUCAGAUCAUUAAAAAUUUUGAAAUACAAAAGAAUAGCUUUUUUCUCUGGAAGUUUAACAUAGGAAUGCUUUCUUUUGGAAAAAUAACUUUCCUCAUGUACAGCUUUUAAACUUUUUCAUGUUUUAAUUUCCCCAACAGAAUAUAGUAUUCUCAGGAUAUGUAUGGGUCUCUAUUUCACUUAAGGUCUUUUUUAAACAAAUUGUCAUUAUUUUGCACUGUACUGUUGUAAUUCUGUUAUUUAAUGUUUAAAAACAUUCAAACUUUUGAUGACUUUUCUGAUUCUUCUCCUACAUAUUUGGUUAUUUUUCUUCUAAAAGGGGAUAAUUUACAGUGUCCUAAGGAUAAAAUAUUCAAAGCCAUUCUUACAAAUGAUGAUUAACAUUCACUUAUUUUUUCAUUUAUUCAUUGUUUCCCUGAAGCAAAUUAUUGAGCUGUUGAAGCUACUACGCAAAAACUUUGCAGUGAUUAUUGCAAUUAUUUUGUCUGUUGUGAGUUUUCCAUCUAGUUGUUGUGUAGAAAUAUCAUCAAGAUGAAACUUGUUAACAGUUUUCAGAAUUGUACUUCAUUUAUUUGUGGUGAUUGGAAGAUGAAUGACCAUCUGAUAGCUAUAUUAAAAAAAUAAGAAACAGCUAAUCUGGGAUUAGGAUUUAUUCCUCUUCCUUCCUCGCUAUCUGGUGUUUCAGUAAAGAUUUGUAGUAAAACUUUUUCUUCUUAUAGAAAAAUGACAAUCUAAGAUAAUACUUUGAAAAUUAAGUCCCAAGUCUCUGAAUUUCUGAAGAUCUACAUCAUACUUAGUUCUGUGGGACUUUGCCUUGGAUUUAUGUUUGAAGUUAAUUUGUCAAAAUUCAAGAAUUCAGACCAGUUUUCUGUGCAGGAAAAUUGUCCGCUUGAUUAAUUUAUUACAGAGGAGGCCAUUUUUGUCCGCAGGCAAAACAAAUCACUGGUAAAUGUAAGUCUUUUUUUCCAUGGCUAACAGUUUCUAUGUAUAAAAUGAUGAAUUUGGUUCUAUAACAUUUAUAAUUUCUUAUACAUCCAGUAAUGUACAGUACCCAGUAAUAGCGUAAAAACCUAAAUGAAUAGGAAAGGGCUCAUGUGAAAACCUAAGCAGAUUGAAAAGUUGUCAGUAAAACAAUAUUUGAAGUAAAAGAUUCUUCUGUUAACAGGUUACACUAAUUCUCAACCAGUAAAAGAUGGAUUGUUGGUUAUAUUGGGUGUAGAGAAUUUAUUGCCCAUUUAACAUUUGUAAUCUGUAACUUUUUAAAUGGGAUUUUUUUGCCAAAAUUAGUUGUCUGAUGUGAGAUUGGCAGAUCUUUACUUUUACUGCCUACGGUGCCAUCUUUUACCUCAGAACGUUAGAUGUGUCGUUUGUGACCAACAGUGCAUUUUGUGGGCCUUCAAAAGCCAUUGAUACAUUGUCACAUUGUCAUACAACACCUGUUUAGCUGGCUCUGCCUAUUUUACAUUUAAAUAGGCAUCUGUCAAAAAGCGAGAUGAAUAAAUGUGUUUAUUUAAAUGU